CUCAGGUUGAUUUAGAGCGCGGAUGACAGCGGCCGGGCGCGAGCGCGCGGCUGACGACAGCGCGGGUCCGCUCGGUUUCCAUGGAGACGGGCCGGAGCCGCGGCGGCGGCGGCGGCGGGGCUGUCAGCGCGCGCGGCUGCGAUCGCGCGUCCGCGGGGGUCUGCAGGAGGAAGGCGGAGGCCGGGGCCGGGACCCUCGCGGCAGACAUGGACUCGCCUUGCGAUUGUGCUGCGGAGACGCCGGCCGCCGAGCCGCCGCCGUCGGGGAAGAUCAAUAAAGCUGCUUUCAAACUGUUCAAGAAGAGGAAAUCGGGUGGCACCAUGCCCAGCAUUUUUGGGGUCAAAAACAAAGGGGAUGGGAAAGGCUCGGCUCCCACGCCCGGGAUGGUGAGGAGCAGGACCCACGACGGGCUGGCCGAGGUGGUGGUGCUCGAGGGGGGCCGGAAGGAGGAGCCGCGCGGGCCGGGCGACGGCGGCGGCGCUCGGCCGAACCCCGGGCCCCCCAGAGCCGCCGCGCCCGGCCUGGGCUCGCUGGCGCCCGGCUCGGUGGCCAAGUCCCACAGCUUCUUCUCGCUGCUGAAGAAGAACGGGCGGCCGGAGCCCGGCAAGGGGGACCCCGCGGACGCGAGCAAGGCCGGCGGCAAACAAAAGAGGGGGCUGCGCGGCAUCUUCAGCAGCGCUGCGGAGAUAUUAUCGCAGACCCCGAGGAGGAGGCGGGGCCCAGCUGCGACAAGCUCGCGCCCGGGCCGGCCCAGCCGGCGCGGGCCGGGAAGACCCCGGGAGGCGUGCUGGCCUACCAAGGCGGCGGGGAGGAGAUGGCCAGCCCGGACGGGGUGGACGACGCCUGUCUGCAGGAGUUCUGGGACAUGCUGUCCCAGAGCGAGGGCGCGGGCCAGGGGCCCCCCGAGGCGGCGGCGAAGGCGGGCCCGGCCGCGGAGCCCUCCGGGCUGCCCGAGCCCUGCAAGGACGCGUCCUCCGUCAAGCGCCGCAGGGUGCACAGGGCCCCCACCGAGCUGCACCCGAAGGCGGAGCCCAAGCUCGCGGAGGAGGAGCCGCGGGAGGGCGUCCCCGGCGGCGACGAGGGCUACCGGGACCCCGGCACGCCCGGCCCCGAGGAGGACAGCGCGAGCGGCGCCAAGAAGUCGGCGCUCCCCCGGGACAGCGACAGCGGCGACGCGCUCUCCGACCUCUACGCGGACCCCGACGCCAGCCCCGCGGGCCCCGCGGCCGGCGAGGACACGGCCGGCUCGUCCCGGCUGAAGCCGGUGUCCCCGGGCACCAUCACCUGCCCGCUGCGAACGCCCGGCAGUUUGCUGAAGGACUCGAAGAUCCCUGUCAGCAUCAAGCAUCUCUCGAACCUUCCUUCCAGCCACCCCGCUGCGCACCAGCAGCCGGCCAAGAGUGAGUUACGCAGAACAAAAAUUCCCGUCUCCAAAGUGCUGGUCCGCAGGGUCAGCAACCGGGGCUUGGCUGGGACCACCCUGCGGGCGGCAGCGUUGCAUGACAGUGCCAAAAAGUUGUGAGGUCUCGAGGCCAAGGUGGAUGGGUGGCGUGUCCAGGAACGCAGCUUUUCCCUGGAAACCACUGAAGGAAGUGAUGUAGGACUGUCCCUGCCCCUGAACCUGCACCGCGGGGGUCCUCGCGCUGGGAACAGGGGCAGGACACACCCGGAGAGCCAGACGCUCCGCCUGGAAUUCUCCUCUCAAGACGAGUCCCUGAGAAUUAUUUUUGGGCACUUUUUUUUUUUUUUCUCUCUUUUUACCUUUUUAAAAAGAUUUUUGUUUCUUUCAUGCACUGAACACUCGGAAGUCACCUUCACUUGCCUUUGUAGAAAACAAGACAACCAAACCUAAGUUAGAGUCAUGCCAGGGUGCUGGGCGGCGCUGCUCACAGGGCCUGGAGGAGUCACUGCAGACCGCGGGGAGAACCCUCCCCCCUUUGCGUUCUUUUCCUUUUCCUUUUCCUUUCCGGGGGCGGGGAACCCCCUUUGCUGUAUCACUGUGUGGAAACCACCUACAAAGCUGAAAGAGGCAGGUAGCGACCUAAGGAGGGCAUUUGGGGGUUGCCAGGCAAGGUCCCUAAUUUCAAUUGCUAGGUAUGCAAACAGGUAAAGGUUUUCCCCUAGGAAAAUAAGCGAGGCUUUUAGUUUGGUUGGUUGAAAUCGUUCGGGGAGAAAUAAAAGGCUUACAGAAUAGGUUUUGUUUUUGUGUUUUUGUUUUUGAACCCCUCACCUCCACCUAGUGCAGAAAUCAGGAUCAGGGAACGAUUUCACUAAAUGCCAAUAGACACAAUAUUUUAGCAUUUAUAAACUGUAACCUUCUCAUGUGUAGAUAAUGCAUAUUUUACAGUUCAUCCCACUUAACAUUUAUAAUCUGUCAAUAACCGAGAAUUUAAAAUCUGGUCUUAUAGCUGGAUAUGAUGACUGUCCCCAAGCCAUUAAGGUUCUUUUAUGUACUGUAAUCUGAAGCAAUGCUGACUUUGGGUUUGGUUUAUGUGAAGUCCCUAGUUCUUAACACACACACACACACACACACACACACACACACACACACACAAAUCUAUUGUGUGACUGUCCUAGAAGAAUGGUUUUGUCUUGUUUUGGUUAAGAUUCUGUUUCUUACCCCAAACGCCGGUUUUCAGAAUCUUGGUUAUAAUGGUCCAAGAUGAGGAACAUAUAGUGAAAAAACAAAAGAAAAAUACAGUUUUCUCUGUCAUUUGAAUCUUGCUUCAUAGACUUAUGGCUGAGACAAAGGUGUUCAGAAUAUAUUGACAAGCUUAUGUAUUGUAAAUGCAUUACACAGUUUGUUUUUCAAGAAAUGGUUUCAAUUACAUGUAUCUUUCUAAUAGUUCGGCUGAAACUCUCAUUUCAGAAAGAGUUGUUAUAUGCCUUGGUAGUUUGAAUGAUAAAGUGAAGCAGUUCUUCGAAAGCUAUUAGUGUCUAAUGAUUAAAUUAAUAUCCUUUUUGAAAUGCACUCCAGUGUAUCUGAGCAAAAGGCCAGCGUUCCUACUUGGAGGUAAUUCAUCAUAUCAGGAAGAUUAUACAUAUUCCAGUGAUACCACACAUAUGUAAAUGACAUAAACACUUGGGUCCUUGUCAUUCUCCAGAGAUCGCUAAGUACAGAAAUGUUGUCUUAUUUUUAAGCUUGUUUUCUGUUUUGCAAAGGGAUGAAGAAGGCAUGUUAAAAUUUGAAAACCUGUUUUAAUAACAUGAAGGAAGUAACAAAAUAAAUGGGCAUCAGAGGAAAAAAAUUUGAGCCAGUAAUAUAAAGCAGGUUGUUCCUCCUUUUAAGUUUGUGAUGAUUCAAUCAGAAGAUGAGGUGUAGGUUUGCUGAAUUUUUUUAGGAGUCAGUUUAAUGGCUUUUAUUACAUUGUCCCAGAUCUUUAAUGUUAUUUCAAAGUAACAUUUUAAUAGUUAAUUUCCUGUCUAUACAGGAGACCCUAACGUAGCCAUAGCCUUAAGCAAUCUGAACACACUACUAGAAAUUCAUUCCAACACCUCACACAUGCUAAUGUGCUCAACUGGGUACAAACUAACAAAAAACCUGUACUUAUUUAGAUUUAGAAAUCUUUUGAAAAUUAUUUCUGUCCUUGAGAAAGAACUUUAAAUUGGAUUUAAUGCUGAUAGUGCAAUUCAGAAUCAAACUACAGCAAAUUAGAACAUAAAUUUUAUUUCUAGCUGCAAAGCAAAGGAUUCUAAUUUUCUUCUUGUGCAUUUUUCUGCACGAAUUAUAUUCUUCAUUGCAUGGCUCUGUUGCUGAGCUUUAUUUGCUCAUUUGUCCAACUGUGCAGGAAAGUUCAGAAUACCUGAACUGCUGAUAAUAUUAUCUUAGUAAAGGCCACUGUUUCUAAAACACUAGUAUAAACUAUUUUUGCUUUCACAAUUUGCUUUCACUGUUUCCGCAUUUACGCUACUUUGCGGUCUUCUCUUUGCAAGUAAGAGAAAAUAGUAGCAAAAUUUAAUUUCUCCUGUUAAUUAACCCAAAACUGGUUUUAUUUCUUUUUCCCAUGUUUCAUGAUUUUUUUUUAACUGUGUCUCUGAGAAUUGCACCCAUCCCAGUCAAAUGAAGGAUGCAGGCCAUGCAUUAAAAGGCCUCACUUGCUGGGACUCAGAAGAGCGGCAGAAGGAAUGACGGGUGGUCAGUCUUUUCUAACCAGAGCAAAGGUUGUAGUUGCUUUCUUCUACUGAGAGCUGCUUUGUCUCAUUUGUGUUUAUGGAGAUGGCUUUCUAGAAUUUUUCUGGAUGUACAUGCCAGUUGUUAUUAAUGCAUUCUCUAACAACCGUCUGAGGUUUAUACAGGCCUAUAUUUGCUGACUGUUUAAGGGAAGGGUUACAUAUGGGCAUAUGCCACCUUUCCUAAUAUGUCUGAACCUAAAAUUUGUGGAUUAAUGCCUUUUGGUUAAAGAGCUGCUCAAAUCAGGGGGGAAAAAGUCAAGUCAAUUGUUGGAU